GGCUCAGCAGAUGAUAGAGCCACUUGAGCAGCUCAGCAACACAGAAACACUGUGCCAAGAAGAGCAACAGUAAGGAGACAACAGGGAAUCAGACCCAUAGCAUAAUCAGAACAGAUGGCGACCUACAAGCUGUUUGUGGCCACAGGCACAAAUCAGUAUGCUGGAACCAAUGACAAUGUGUACGCAACAGUGAUUGGGAAGCAAGGGGAGAGUGGGAAAAAGAAAUUGGACAAUUUUGGAAAAGACCAUUGCCGCGGAUGUGUCGGUAAGUAUAAUGUCCGUAGCAAAGUUCCACUUGGUGACAUCUGGUUUGUGGAGCUAGAGAAGUGCUCCAGUAUUGGUGAUGACUGGUUUUGCCGCUAUGUGGAGGUGAAGUGUCCUGAUGGAACUUGUAAGAUAUUCCCCUGCUACCGUUGGUUUGUAGGCAACAUGACGAUCAGGCUGCGAGAAAGUUCAGCUCGUAAAGUACAGGAUGACACAAUGCAUGACUUCCACUUCUAUAGGCAAAAAGAACUGCAGGAACGGCAGCAGACAUACAGGUGGAAGGUUUGGAAAUCCGGAAUUCCCAAGUGUAUUGAUGCCGUAUUUGUCCAGGAUAUUCCUCCAGAGCAUCGUUUCUUCAAUGGAAAGAGUAGUGACUUCCAAAUAUCAGUCGCUGAAGCCUUUGUUGCGCUUGGUAUCAAGGGUAUAUUCAAUAGUCUGAAGUCCUGGAAUGACUUUGAAGAUUUCCGAUGUGUUUUAUCCAAGCCAUCCCCUGGAGUAGCAUAUGUUAUGAAGCACUGGAAGGAGGACUGGUUUUUUGGCUACCAGUUCUUGAAUGGCUGCAAUCCUCGGAUGAUCAAAAGUUGUCGUGUCCUUCCUGUAAAUUUUCCAGUAACUGAGGAUAUGGUUCAGGGCACCCUAGGCUCAAACACAACUCUGUGCAAAGAGUUGAAUGCCGGGACCAUUUACCUGGUAGACUACAGUAUUCUGGAGGGCAUCCCUGCCAAUAAGAUCAGAGGCAAGCAUCAAUAUAUUACAGCCCCUCUGUGCCUGCUGUAUGAACACCCUGAGAGAGGACUGAUACCACUGGCAAUACAGAUACAACAGAUUCCUCACAAGGACAAUCCCAUCUUCCUGCCUUCUGACUCUGAACUUGACUGGCUUUUAGCAAAGAUGUGGGUUCGACAUGCUGAAUUUCAAGUCUAUGAGGCUCUGUCUCACCUUCUGUGCACACAUCUGGUCUGUGAGGUGUUUUGUAUAGCCACCAUGAGACAACUGCCUGAGGUCCACCCUAUUUAUAAGCUCCUAAUUCCGCAUAUGCGUGACACCUUGGAAAUCAACACUAAUGCCCGUUUAACUCUCGUUUCAGACACAGGCAUCUUCAAACAGAUUGUAUCCACAGGAGGGGAAGGGUUGGGUGUGUUGCUUCAGAAGGAGUGCCAAGAGAUUGAGUUCAUGUCUCUUCUGCCCAAAUCUGAUUUUGAGAAACGAGGUGUGAGCCAACUGAAGAACUACGUCUACAGAGAUGACUGUCUAAAAUUAUGGGAUGCCAUCGAAAGUUUUGUGUCUGGUAUUGUGGAUCUCUUCUAUUCCUCUGAUAAGGAUGUUAUGGAAGAUAUGGAGCUGCAGAACUGGAUUCAUGAUGUUGUUACAGAGGGCUUUAAGGACCUUCCUAACUUUGGCUUGCCUAGGAACAUAGACGAUAAAAAAGCACUUGUCACUAUCCUGGCAGGGGUCAUCUUUACGAGCUCUGCCCUACAUGCAGCAAUCAAUAAUGGACAGUAUGACUGGUGCUCAUGGGUGCCAAACACACCCUGCACUAUGCGGUGUCCCCCACCCCCUCAAAAGGGUCUGGCUACCAUGGAUUUGAUCAUGAAUACACUCCCAGGUAUACCAGAGUCAUGCAUACAGGUGGCCAUCACAUGGGUCCUUAGUCGUGAACAGCCUGCAGCAGUCUGGCUUGGUCAAUACCCAGAGGAUCAUUUCACUGAGAAGGCUGUUAAACAUCAUAUUGACAAAUUCCAAGAAGCACUCAAGAAGAUUGAAAAGUCAAUUGAUGAAAGGAAUGCAAACCGUCAGUUGAAAUAUGAGUACCUGAGUCCAAGAAAGAUUGAGAAUAGCGUUGCUAUAUAAACAGUAAGUUGUGAUGUGCAGGUGUCACCAGAAGACAUGAUACGGCAGUGACAGUCUGGGCCUAAAAUCAAGAAAUAUGUCAAAAGAAAGAUUUUUGUGCUACUUUCUUUUUAACAUUUUAAUUGAA